AUGGCACCAACUUGUACGCAAACGCUGUGGAACAUUGAUGUUGAUGACAUGAUCGCAACCUUCCCUACGAUGGUGAUUUCUGCUCUAGGGUGCACUGAUCCUGAAGGCACGACCUUGACCUAUGUUAUGGUACAGUCACCUGGUUCACACUUCAGCGUGGCAACUGAUGUUGUAACAAUUACGAGUGAUCUGGAUUAUGUUACGGCCACCGCUCACACCCUUAUGAUAACCGUGACAGAUGGAGGGACGCCGGCACUAUCCGUAGUCGUCACCAUAAAUGUCAACGUCAUUGAUGUGAAUGACGGCCCACCAACAUUCACGGGAACCUUCUCUAAAACCCUUCUGGAAAAUGUGGCAAUUUCCACCUCUGUGUCUGACGUCGUUGCCAGCGACCCCGACGGAAACACUCCAGCCGGUAUCCUUGUCUAUGUCAUCACGCUGGGAGACACUAAGAACCAGUUCGCCAUCGACUCGGGCACGGGUCGCAUCACCACCAUCGGAAAUCUGGACAGAGAAACAGAUUCCAGUUAUAAUCUCAUCAUAGAGGCACGGGAGCAGGGAGGGGCCAACACUGCCACAACCACUCUAACCGUCACCGUUGAUGACAUCAAUGACAACGCCCCAUCCUGCACGGUCAUGACAUUUGCAGAAACGGUGAGCGAGAGUCAGACGGCUCCCUAUGAUAUCAGAACGCUCACGUGUACAGACUUAGACACAGCAGCUUUUGGUACUCUGACGUACACGCUGACCAGCGGCGAUUCGACGAAAUUCGAGAUGGCCGGAAAUAUAUUCCGACUGUCCGCUGUGUUGGAUUUCGAUGCUGGUCCGACUAAAUAUGAUGUUGUUAUAUCGGUGUCCGAUGGCACGAACAGCAUUGACGUAACAGGCACGGUCAAUGUAGGGAAUGUGAAUGAGUUUACACCAGCAUUCACUGGAGCUCCCUACACCGUGUCAAAGAGUGAGAGUCUUGCGCUCGGCUCUACAAUCAUCACCGUGGUGGCAACCGACGGGGACUCUUCAGCCACGGCGGAUGGGCAGAUCACCUUCGCCUUUACCACCACCUACCCUGAGGUCACAAUCGACGCUGUAAGCGGGGACGUUAUCCUAGCAUCCAGCCUUAACCGGGAAGCAUCAGCAACCUUGACCUUCAGUGUGACUGCCUCUGAUGGAACCAACACGGUGUCUACGACUAUUACGCUGACAGUCUUGGACGAGAACGAUAACGCUCCGGUGUUUGCGUCUGCUAGCUACACGUAUGUUUUACACCCAAACAGACAGACAUUUCAAGACUUUCAUAAAGUGUACUGA